AUGAAUGACAACACAUUCAUUGACAAGUAGAUCUGCGUCGUGUUGGAAAAAUUAGUUCUCGCUAUGUUCAAAGUCAGUUCGCGAAAUAAAUAAAGAUUGGUCAUGGCUGAUAUCGAAGAAUACAAACAUCGGGAAUCGGAUAUCCAUGAGGAAGAAGAAUCUAGCAGAUCUAGUCUCCUCACGCUUUGAGUGACUUAAAGAGAUCGGAGGGAGCUAACAUGACGGGAGGUUUGGAUAGAAGCCUUUCAUCACGUGAUCAAGUGAUUGGCAGACUUAACUUGCAGAUCAACCAUAAACAUUUAAAAGAUCUAAUUGAAAUAGAAGAUCUUUCAGAAAAGCCAUCGCCGGCUAGCAAAGGUCCACACGGCGUGCAAGUGGUGAACACAGGUCCCGACCAUACAUUCGUUCUUGAUGAAGAUGCUUUAGCCGAGUUGCUGCUGCAGGAUGACAUCAAGGACAGAUCCGUUGUCGUCAUAUCCGUGGCUGGCGCGUUUAGGAAGGGCAAAUCUUUCUUAUUAGACUUCUUUCUACGGUAUAUGCACCACAAGUAUGGUUCCGGCGGCGGUGGGGAUUGGCUGGGGUCUGAUGAUGAACCCCUCGGCGGGUUUAGCUGGCGAGGCGGUUCCGAACGGGAUACCACCGGCAUACUCAUGUGGUCUGAGAUUUUCAAAGCCACGCUUGAUGACGGCGAGGAGGUAGCAAUAAUCCUUUUGGACACACAAGGAGCAUUCGACAGCGAAUCCACAGUACGGGACUGCGCAACUGUAUUCGCUUUGUCGACGAUGUUGUCCUCUGUGCAAAUAUACAACCUUUCGCAGAAUAUACAAGAGGACGACCUCCAACAUUUACAGUUAUUUACGGAAUACGGACGAUUGGCCCUGGAAGAUGGCGGCAGGACUCCGUUCCAAAGACUUCAGUUCGUUGUUCGAGACUGGAGUUUCCCUUACGAAGCGCCCUAUGGGGCCAGCGGAGGACAGGCUAUUCUCUCCAGAAGACUAAAGGUAUCGGACAAGCAGCACCCGGAGCUGCAAUCUCUGCGAAAACACAUCACAUCAUGCUUCGGCGAGAUCGGGUGCUUCCUCAUGCCGCAUCCGGGACUCAGGGUCGCUACUAGUCCCACUUUUGAUGGACGACUUUCUGACAUCGAGGUGGAGUUCAAGCGUGCCCUACAGCAGCUGGUGCCGAUGCUGCUGGCUCCGGACAACCUGGUGGUGAAAGAGAUCAACGGCCAACGAGUCAGGUCCAAAGACCUUCUGCUCUACUUCAAAGCUUACAUGAACAUUUACAAAGGCAACGACUUGCCGGAACCGAAGAGCAUGCUCGUGGCAACGGCCGAAGCGAACAAUCUGACGGCUGUGGCAGAAGCGCGUGACGUGUACACGAGUCUAAUGGAGGAGAUAUGCGGCGGGGCGAAGCCCUAUCUUCAGGGUCAACUAUUGGAGGCUGAGCACAAGCGGAUUCGGGAUAAAGCGCUUCACGCGUUCCGGGCCAAAAGGAAAAUGGGGGGCGACGAGUUCAGUCAGGCUUAUUGUCAGCAGCUUACACAGGACCUGGAAGACCAAUUCCAACAAUUUCGGGCCCACAACGAGAGCAAAAACAUAUUUAAGGCGGCGCGUACGCCGUCCGUGUUCUUCGCGAUCGCGCUCACGUUUUACGUCCUCAGCGGAGUUCUGGGGCUCGUGGGGCUCUAUCCUUUGGCCAAUCUCUGCAAUCUGUGCAUGGGAAUGGCUCUGCUGACGCUGGUCCUCUGGGCGUAUAUCAGGUACAGUGGUGAAAUGAGAGAACUAGGUGUGACGAUAGACGAAGCCGCCAACUGGCUAUGGGAUAACGUCAUGAAGCCGGUUUAUCAGGCCGGUCUAGAGAAAGGCAUGGAGCAAGCCGCCGCGGCGGCCGCUGAGAGAGUCUCCGCGCCCACCGCCAACGGGAAGCACAAGCAGUUGUGAUGCCGUCCGCCUCCGCUCCGCCAGUCUGCCGCUUCUUCGCCGGUCCGCCGGACGUCGACAGGGCGGAGACGCUUCGUUACUUCACUAGACCGAAGGCGGCCUUUCGGCAGCACGACCUCGGUUCGUCUCCGAGACUGCGCGCGACCUGACCAAAAUCAAACGAAUCGCUGGCAGCUGGGCGCUCCCGAAACAGCAAAAAGAACGUUUAAAAUGUAUCUCCCGAGCCUCACCGAAGAAGAGGCCGGUCGGAGGAAGCGCUCGGGUCUCGUCUCAGACGCAGAGGCGUCGGCAGCCGAGGACGGAAGAACGACAGAUCUCUGUGGCGGCGGUGAAAGAUUUAUCUUAAGUGACAUUGCGACGUCUCUGCCGACGUUUCGUACGGACGGUGUUUUAUACGUGUGCGUUUUUGGAUUUUGCAAAAAAUGUUGCCAGAAAAUAUUCACGGGCCUGGUUUAUUGUGUUGAAAUUUAUAGUUAUAUACGAAAUACAGGGACUACAAUUAGUGUUUUAAAAUUAUUCAAGUGUGCGGAUUUGGUGUUUUGCGCAAAAUCGAAAAGUUACAAAUCAAUAGGAUUCUGUUUGAACGUCGGCAGAGAGAGAAUUAUGACAAAGUUUCAAAAUUAGUAAUCGGCGAUUGCGAAACGUAAAAUAUUAAUUUUCCAUUUUCUUAUUCGGGUGAAAACGAUAUUUUGAAAUGGCAUUUCCACUAUUACGUUUUGCAGGUCGCAGAAGGCUGGGUGUUGCGAGUCACAAAAUAAACCAGGUUGUGAAUAAGGCAAUACUUGAAACAAUUGCGCUUUUGCCAAUUUUCUUAACGUAUAUUUGUCCUUCUUCUUCUUAAAUAUGUAUAAUGAGGUAGACACACACACACACACACAAUAUACAUUAAACGAUAGCCCGAUUGGGUUGAUGUUUCGGGCGAAGUAAAGUAGGUGACGGUGUUUUGGGUUUUGUACUGUGAAAUACCUAAGUAAAUUAUAAAUAUAAAUAUUCCUCGAUUAAUCUGAUUUGUCGAUCGUAAUCUAAGAUCGGUUCUCGUUACAGAUGUUAGUUAUACUAUCUGAUUGUUGGGAAUUGAUAAAAAAACCGCGUGUAUAUUUUAGAAAUAUAUUUUAAUAAUUCGAUUGAAAAAGCUACUUGGAAAUUGUCAGUGAAGCGUGUAGAAAAGAAACUUUGGUUUUAAGCACAAAUUUUUUAUGACUUUAAACUUAAAAGCUCACUUGUUGCGUUGCACGUUGCUGUUAGAUGUACUUAAUAUUAUGUUUCACAAAAAUAUAUAUAAUUUCGUUUCGGACCCUGUUAACAAACUAUAUAUCGAGUAAAUUUUGUUAUUGCAUUUGGAACUAUGUUGUCAAUUAUUAGUUUUUCUUUGUUUCCAUUGAUCUACGAGUAUACUUCGAAAACCGACAUUCAUCCUUUCGGAAAAUGUACGGAACCCGUUCUAUAGUAAUAUUGGCUCAAGGUUAUGAUAUGAAUAUUUCUUCCGAAUCUAGAAUAUUUCCAGAUAAUAUUAUUCCCUUUAGUUUAAUUAUUUUAAUGUUUUAUCUGUUUUAGUGAGGACGUUGUUUUAUUCGUGGGUUUUUUGGAAUUAAUUACGUGGUUGUGUUUUUAUAUUAUAUAAUCUGUUGAUUGCAUUACGAUUGCGUGAGGUUUCCAUUUAUGUUUUAUUAUGUGCUCUCUUCCAUAUUUUUAUCGCAAUAUAUUUUACUGUAGCUGAUGACUUCAUUGCUUCUGCACUGAAAUCGGUUCUAGCUGUCGAUAGUUUGCCGGUUAGUGCUGAUAAUGUGUAUAAUUUUAUAAAGCCCAAAAACUCUCUUUAAUUUUGACAGAUCGGUGGGGUUUAACUAGGCAAUGUUGAAAGAUAUAGCUUUGUACAUUGCAAGUUAAGAUUGCUAUGAGAUAAAUUAAAAAUAUUGCUUCAAAAUACCCCACAGUGAUGUAAAUAACCGUAAGUGCCUGCUUUUGGGAGAAUCGGAUCACAAAUUAAAAUUUUAUCCCUAUUUAUAUGUGCCUAGCACGAACGAUAUCUCUAUUAUCAAUGGUGAAUUUGUUUUUAGCAUUUAUUAGAAACUAUUGGCUCACGUUUUACCAAUUAAACCUAUAAUCUUUAAAUUUUAGUCGUCCUAGUGAUGCAGUCCCGAAAACGGUCCAUUUACAUUAUGAUGAUUUGAUAGAUUUUCACUUCUUUGUCAUAAAUGCUCCCACAAAUGUGCCAAACUGAUAAGGCUACAGCGGCCGCUGGUUGAUAACAUGAUUUCAUGCUCUUAUGAAAGAAUGCAGUAUUGGCAGUGCUCGAAAAACCAGCUGCCGCUUCGGCCGAGGCUUCGCGACAAUAUUAGUGAAAUCAUGAUUUACUGUAUUUUUAUAAAAGUAAUAUUUCUUACUUUUUGAUAGGAACGACAGAUUUUUAAUUCAUUGUUAUUUGCUUUAUUAUCAAUUCUACUUUGUAAAUAAUGUCGACUCGACUGCAUGUCAUGCAUGGGCAUGGCGGAAAAAGCGGAACGAAUUAUGUUUUUAAAUAAGACGUCAAUUUUUCAGUAACCUAGUAUAGUUUUAAUUUUAGCCUAAAUUUUUGUUGAAAUCGUGGACCGUGUGUAAAUAUUAGAUUGAAAUAUACUCUUACGUUAAA